GACUCGGCACCAGCACGCAAUCUUUCAACUAAACCGACAUUUUCUGCUCCACUUGUUGUCAGUUGGACUUCUUGCUCUCUGUAUCUAUCCAUCCAUCCACCCUGUCUGCCUCUGUCCCACAUCUCUGCCUGGCUGAGUGGGAACUACUUUUACAUUUCAUGGCUUUGGAAGUGACCUUAGUAUUCUUGGAAGAAUUCUUAGGAUAUAAUUCUGUCAGAAGGAGGAAUUCCCACCAGGUGACUUGCCCCCCCCUGCUGUAGCGACCGGGCCAGGGGAGAGGAGGAGUUGUGGAUCCAGGAGCGGACCAUGGAGCAGUGUGAAACUGCUGCGAGCCCCAGCAUAGAUCACCCAUGGAAGGCAGCGACAAUAAUGAGGAAGGCCUGGAUCCAGAGCAGAGACUCCUGGCAGGGCCUCUCUGAGAGCCAGGACACCCAGGAUCAGGAGGGUUGCAGCGAGAAGACACUGUGUCCAGAUCCCACUAUGGAGGAGAAGACAGCCCCGGCCGAGGAGCCUGGGCCCGUCCCUAAGAAGAUUGCGAGCUGGCUCAAGGACUGCAGGACUCCUCUUGGGGCCUCUCUGGAUGAACAGAGCAGCACUCUGUCCAAGGGAGUGCUAAAGAAUGGCUGCAGCUUUGAAGACUACUUUUCUCUGGGAGCUGAGGCAAACCACCUUCAGCCCAACAGUGCCAAAGCAGAGACACCCUGCUAUGGGAUAUGUGCAAAGGACAAGAGGAGCCAGUUCCUACAGAACAGGAGUAUGAACUCAAUAGGCUCAGGGAAGAGCAGCACCAGUGUAUCCAGUGUGUCUGAGUUGUUGGACCUAUAUGAAGAGGAUCCAGAAGAGAUCCUGUAUAACCUGGGGUUUGGCCGGGAGGAGCUGGAUAUCGCCUCAAAGAUCCCCUUGCGCUUCUUUAACAGCCCCUCUUGUGCUAAGGGCAUCGAUCUCAAGAUGUACCUGGAAGCACAGCUACAACGCACAGAGAUGGAAAAACCCAACUAUGCCCUGACAAGUCGUUUCCGUCAGAUCGCGGUCCUGACCACAGUGGCCAACGAAUUAUUCCAUCUCUACUCCCAGGUGUCGGGCCAGCCCGUCCAAAAGAUCUGCAGCCUGGAUGGGGAACCCCUUACCAUCGUCACUCCUUCUCCUCUGACGAGGAACAACUCAGCCCUGAACGCAGCCAAGAUCCUGAAGAAGACCAUCACCAAGCAUAACCUGUUGGGUGGGGCAGCAGAGGAAGUCUCUCAUAGCCCCACAGCCCUGUCUACUACCACAGAGAAACAAGCAGACCAAUUGAGUCCAGGUACAGGGGACAGCACCAUCACUACUGACUCCGGCCACAAGGGGGAGCUCAAGCAGAAGGCCUUCAUGAAGAAGGAAUCUACUUCUCUGGCGAUGUUGACUGAGGACAGCCACUCUAGAGGCAGCGCUGAAGCCCCCCUGAGCAUCAACGGACACCACGCUGGAGUGAAUGGAGACAGUCCUAAGCUAAAUGGAAAUGGCCUGGCGUUGACAGGAAGUGGAGAAAAUCACAUUUCGUUCACUGUCAGUGUUGUCCCUGAGGAGGCCCAGGAGGGUGACCUGAGCCUGUGCAGCGAGGCUGACCUGGAGAAAGAGCACCAGGAAAUCCAUCAGAAGGGCCAGAGGACCAUCCGAUCAACCCCAGACGAGGAACCUAACUACAGCCUGAUGCACAACGCUCACAUCACCCACCACCACACGCAGGCCAAGGAUUCCUUUGAGAUGGAAGAGGUCCAGAGUAAUAAGAAUGAAGCUCUACUUGGAACUUGCAGCCCCUCUAGAGCAGGCAGUGAACAACAACUGAGAACAACCAGCCAGCAGUCAGACAGUAGUGGUUUUGCAGAGGGCCCCUCUACUGAUGGCUCAGCUAACAAUUUAAAGAUACAGGAGAGCACUGACAGCUGUGACUGUGAGACCAUGCUGAUGUCCUAUGCUGGGGAGGUGACCACUCUAGCCCUUGAACACCCUGCCUUUGAGAGGCUGCAGUUAAAGGAGAAACAGGAGGAGGAGGAUGUGCAGAUACCCUCUGUCCUACAGAAACACCUUGAGGAGGACAGGAGGGGGAGCAAGAGCCCUAUUGGGGAGGAAGAGCAGCGGCAGGAGGUGCCACAGUACACCUUCCACCAGUUACCUAAACCAGAAGAUAGAGGAGUGGCCCAAGACUCGGAGCAGGACCAGCAGCAUAGCACUGCUGAGGAAGCUGCUUCUUAUCCUGCCUCUGAGACUCCUCAGUCAACUCCUGAGACUUGCCAUACUGUUGAGGCUGAUCCUGACACGGCUACAGUGCCUGGUCCUACAGAAGACCAUGUCUCCAUCCUGACCCCUGACUGCAGCUCCUCUGGUGCCCCAGCCAGGGAGGGUGUGACUGACAGGAUGGAGAUGGAUGCCAGGCUCUCCAGCCCUAGACCCAGCUGCCCCAUCUUCAGUGCCUCACCCAGGGUCCACGGGGCCCUCUACAGGGCCCAGCAGAGGGCCUUGUCCCCAGGCCUCCAGGGCCCCUGCAUGGAGGGGAAGGUGAGGGAUCUGUUCAGGAGAAGAGUCCCCCUGACGAGGUCCCGAUCCCUGCCUACCUCCCUCAGCCCCUCCUGUGCGGUCUCCUCUGUCAGGAUCCAGUUUGGCCAGGGGACAGUCAGGCACUGCACUCGGACGGUCUUUUCCUACCGAUACACCCCAGAAGUGGAGGAGGAGGAGCAGGUGGAGGAGCAGGUGGAGGAGGAGGAGCAGGUGGAGGAGGAGGAGCAGGAGGAGGUGCAGGUGCAGGAGGGGGUGCAGGUGGUAGAGGAGGUGCAGGUGGUGGAGGAGGAGGCAGAGGUGGAGGAGGAGGUGCAGGUGGAGCUGGAGGUGGGGUCCAUUGUGGAAGAGGAGGUUCCGGAGGAGGAGUUUCAGAGCAGAGGCAGCUUUUGCUCUAUCUUAAUUAUCAACAGAGAGGCCGAGCCAUCUCAUGGCCCCGGGCUACAGAGAGAUGGGGAGCCGAGAAAGCUUCAAGGCAGAGUUCCCCCUUCCCCCCUCGCCAUCCCCCGCCACCUGACCCUCUCCACCAUCUCACUGCACAGCCACAGCCCCCCUCCUGAGUGGGGAGAGAGACCUCUGGUGGAGCACCACCGUGCCUGGAGCACCUGUAGCGUACCUAACCUUACCCAACGUAACCUGGCACAGCAUAACCACCCUAACCUGAACCACUUCAAUAACCCUAACCUCACCCAGCACAGCAACCCUAACUUAAACCUCACCCAGCACAGCAACCCUAACUUAAACCUCACCCAGCACAGCAACCCUAACUUAAACCUCACUCAGCACAGCAACCCUAACUUAAACCUCACCCAGCACAGCAACCCUAACUUAAACCUCACCCAGCACAGCAACCCUAACUUAAAUCUCAACCAGCACAGCAACCCAGAUUUCAACCUCACCCAGCACAGCAAACCUAACCUGGCGCACUUCAAUUACCCUAACCUCACCCAACACAGCAACCCUAACUCUACCCUCACACAACACAACCUAGCCCAACACAAUAACCCCAACCUCCCACAGCACACAGUCCCCAACUUACCCCAUCAUAUGGCCCCUAACCAUCCUUACCAGAGUCCUCCUUACACUAACAACAUGGGCAGCACCCUUCCACACAACUUCCCGCACAGCACACACUACCCCUUUUCCCCGUACAGCUCCCCCUAUAAUACCCCGCCCCAUAGCGACCCUUUCAGUUCACCUUACUAUAACUACCACGGUAACCCAUAUAGUGGGUCCUACAGCUACCUUCAUAGCAACAAUCCUUACACUGCCCAUAGCUCUUACUCUAACCCAUCACACACACCUUCCAAACUGCCUCCACAUAUCUCUACUGCCCCCUAUGGAGAACCAUACAGUACUCCAUUCCCCGGCCACCAUCAUCUGUUUCCUUACCCCCAUGGAGUUGACCCUAUGGGGGCAGCCCCUAAUUCCCACCUUCCACCAGCCCUGUCUACCACUGAGAUGCAGCUCAGACGGGUCCUUCAUGACAUCAGAGGAAGUGUACAGAACUUGGCUCAGAAUUCAUCAGAAUGCAGAGCAGACGUUUUCAAUCGUCAGAGAUCUGCCCAGCCACUGUUUGAGACUUCUCUCCAGAAGGAGCUGCAGGCUAAGAGGAGUCUGAAUGUGUUCCGGACUCAGAUGAUGGAUCUGGAAGUGUCCCUGAUGAAACAACAGGCGUCAGUCUACCAGCACCUCAGUCACGACGAGAGGCAGGAGGCGGAGCAGCUGCAGGGCCUGCGGUCAGCAGUGAGACAGGAGCUGAAGGAACUAGAGCUCCAGCUAGAGGAUCGGCUGCUGACCUUGAACGAACAGCUCCGCUCUGCCAGCCACCACAGUCUCUACCGCCACCGCAUGAGCGGUCACAGCAUGUACAGCCUGUCUAACAGUUCUGCUCUGAGAGCAAUGGAGCCGAUGUUGAACCUGCUGAUGGAACCGCUGUACCUGCAGACAGAGCUGGGCUACGAGGGUGGGGCAGAGAGCAGACCAAGCAUGGCACCCACGCCGAGCUCAGGCCGCUCCACCAGGUCAGCCAGUCCAAUGAGGUCCACCGGAUGUCACCCAGACCCCUCCCACACCCCAGAGCUGCCCCUCCCUGGUCCCCAGAAGACAGAGGUGUAUCGAGCCUCCAUCUCCCUCACCCCAGCCCCCCCUCCACGGCCUGGUGCCUCCACAGGGUUCUCCCAGGGCCAGAUCAGUCCUCUAGAGACCCAGGACCAUGCCAUAGACCAGGCACUGACAGGAGAGCAACAUCCAGAGGAUCGAGCGCAAGGAGAGGAAGAGGGCAGAGGAGGAAGAGGGGCAGCUGUAGACCCUCACCUGCUAGAGGAGAGGGGUAGGGAGGGAGGAAGAGGAGGAAGAUUAGUUGUAGGAAGGGCAAACAACCCCCAGCUACAGCAGCUCAUCAAGGAGAUCAAAGAGAGCCUUGCUGAUGAGAUCCGACGGGAGAUAGCCAGUGAGCUCCUGGCGGCCGUAUCUCCACGACGAUCACCUGUGUUGGCCAGAGAAUACCCCCUGUUAGACUGUUGACAGGUCCUACAUCUGAGUUGAAGAUAACCACUGGUAAAGUCUACCCAUUCUACUCAACCUGAACACUGGUGAAGCCAUACACUGAACAGCCCAACAACCUUUUUACCACUGUUUCUACUAUUUCCAGAGAGUCUGAUGAUGGCAGAUACCUUAACACUGUGUUUUCAACCAUAUAGGUAGAGUUUAUUUCGAUGGUUUCUUCUCCUCGGUAGUCUGCUGACUGACAGAUACUCUGGGGCCCCAUUUAUAACCGUUGCGUAAAUUUCACACUAAAUAUCUGAAUAUCUGCAUGUGCCAUUUCUGAAAAGACUGCAUACAUACAAAAAUAGAGAUUUAUAAACUUGGCAUACGUAUGUUUACUGUUAUAAAUCACACCCGUCUUGAAACUGUGAGUGAAAGAGCAUCAGUACUCUGUCUGAAAAACGCCCAUCUACCUUUUAUGGUGACAAAAAUGCCCUUAUUCGCUGUAUACUUUCGAAGUAUUUGAGCAGUCGUUACUUUACGGUAAAUUCUAGGAUCAGUAAGUUCCCAGAGUGACUUUUCUCCAAUUCCAUCUCUGGUUGUUGGUGACAUUGUUAUUAUGUUAUGAUAUGAUCCUGACGUUGUGUAUGGCUUGUAUUUAAGCACAUAGAUGUGGAUCAGGGUGCAUCUCUUGUCCUAAAGGUGAAAAAUAGAGUUAGAAGAUGAUUAUGGUUGUAUGAGAAUUUAGUGUCAGCUGUAAAUUACCAUGCCCUCUUCUUCUAAUGCCAUCUCUAUGAGGAACUAAUCAGACCUGGUUUGAAAUACUAUUUGAAGUCUUUUAAAUACUUUGAUUGUUUGCUCAGCUUGCCUGUAGUGCCAGAUGGGCAGGGUUUACCGUUUUGGGACUAUUCUAAUGGCUCAUUAAGCCAGGCAAGGUCAGAUAAAGUAUUUGAACCCAGGUCUGGAACUAACUAUGCAAUACAUUUCACUGUCUCUGAACUUGAAAAUAUCAUUAGUAGAAAGACUAUAUCGAGCUCUAUCAGACAAGCUACUGUUAAUUCUACUGUGUUUCUACUCUCCAGUUCAGGCCACCUGUCUGUCUCUAUUACCCCUUUAAAGAAAAUAUCUCAGGACAAAAACAUUUAGUGGUUUUUAAUAAGAAAUACAGGUAUGAAUUUUUGUUUGUUUUUAAUGUAAGACACUAACAAAAACACACAUCUGGGUCGUAUUCAUUAGGCAACAAACAGAGGAAAAUUGAUUGGAUCGUGCAGGGACUAAAUUUGAUUUGAUUUGGACUUACUUUCUGUAGAAUCUUUAAAAUUAACGUUUUCAAUUGUUACCCUAAUGAACACAACCCAGGACAUUGGUGUGAAAUGAGUAUAAUGCAUUCAUUUAAGUGGUGCUUUUUAAAAGCAGUAGUUGAUGCAACCCAAUUAAACUUGUCGUUUCCGGUUUGGACAAAUGAUGUACAUAAUUUGUUAAAAUAUUGAAGGAAUGCAAAAGGGACUAAUUUGGUGGAAUGACCCACUUACUACAUAGCUGUAGAUGAUCUGUACUUACCUGUAGCUUACUUGUACUUACUAAUGGUCAAGCACAGACGAACAUGCAACUUAUAACUUCUCUUUUCCCCUAUAUGCUGAACUGUGCAUCACCCCUGAGGUGGCACCAAGCCGCUUGUCCGACCCGCUCCACACCUCCAGCCCCUGCCUCUAAUUCUCUGGCAUUUCCUCCAGAGGUAUUAGGUGUUCCUAGGUCGUACGUGUUUAGAGGCACAGAAUGAUCCCUGAGCAUAAAUGGGCACCAUUGACAGCAAGGUGAAAACACACUGGUUGCGUCUCAAAUGGCAUCCUAUUCCCAUGAUAGUGCACUACUUUUAACCAGGGUCUAAAGUAGUGCAGUAGGGAAUAAAGUGCCAUUUGAGAUGCAGAACUGCCCCAACCAUGGGCACUGGGACUGUGGGCCUGUUUGUGUGCCACUCAGUUUGACUUGGUGUGGUGUUAAUAACUGGUCUGUGUUGCUGAGGUUAUUACUUUUCUCUUAAGCGCUCCUUUAUAUUGUUUAUUAUGGUUUCUCUGUGUACAGCACGUUGACACAUUGUGAACAUUACAUCAGCAUACUGUGUUUUGUCUUCUCAUUCUAGCUUGGAUCAUCUGCCGUUCCUAGACAGAUGCCAGACACAGAGAAAUGGGUCAUUUAUGGUUAUUUAUGGUUCAUCAAAGUCCUCAUUGAGGACUGCAUGUCAGAAUGUUGUUGUUUUGCCACUUCACUUAAAUUGAAGUUUUGGUCAGUCCUUGCAGACUACUACAUCAUCCACAAAUAAACAUGUUAUUUAUUUGUAUGUAUUUGAACAUUGUGGUUACAUUAAUGAUGAAUGAAAUCAAAUAAAUCUUAUUCAUGAA